ACUCUCUUCCCUCCUCGCUCUCUCUCUCCUCCCUCUCCCCCACUUCCCUUUUCUCUGGCACAAACUGCGAAGCAGAGAAUCCAGAGUCUAAAGAGAGUGUAGCAAAAGCCAAACUCCAACCCCAAACUAACCCACCCAAAACCCUAACCCUCCUCUCUCCAUUCCUACUUGGUGAUCCCCAAUGGAGAGGCCUCCCUUCUUCCUUCUCCUCCUUUUAGUCCUUCACCUCCUUUCGCUCCCACUUCUCUCCGUUCCCAAGUCCACCAUCGAGCCAUGCACCGGCUCCGACUCCUGCCCAGCUCUCCUCGGCUACACCCUCUACGCUGACCUCAAGGUCUCCGAGGUGGCCGCCCUCUUCCAGGCCGACCCCAUCGCGGUCCUCACAACCAACGCCAUCGACAUCUCUGUACCCGAUGUCGAGAACCACAUCCUCCCCGCCGGUCUCUUCCUCCGCAUCCCCACCCUCUGCUCCUGCUCCGACGGCAUCCGCAAAUCCAUCUCCACCCGCUACAAGACCCGCCCUGCCGACACCCUCACCUCCAUCGCCACCUCCAUUUUCGCCGGCCUUGCCUCGCCCGACCAGAUCCGUGAGGCCAACAGCAUCUCCGACCCGUCUGCCCUCGACAUCGGCCAGUCUCUCCUCAUCCCCCUUCCCUGCACCUGCUUCAACUCCACCGACAACAACCUCCCUGCCAUCUACCUCUCGUAUGUUGUCAAGGCUGGUGACACUGUGACUGCCAUUGCCGCCCACUACUCGACGACGGUCACCGAUAUCAUGAAUGUCAAUGCUAUGGGAAACCCUGCGAUCAGGCCUGGUGAUAUAAUCGCCAUUCCGUUGCCAGCAUGUGCUUCAAUGUUCCCGAGGUAUGCAUCAGAUUUUGGCUUGGUUGUGGCAAAUGGGAGUUAUGCAAUCACUGCUAGUCACUGUGUCCAAUGCAGUUGCGGACCAGGAAAUCUCAAUUUGUACUGCACACCAGCUUCAUUGGCAGUGUCAUGUUCGAGCAUGCAGUGUAGAAACAGCAAUCUGAUGCUUGGAAAUGUUACUGCCCAACCCACUAGUGCUGGUUGCAAUGUCACUUCUUGUUCUUAUGGUGGCUUUGUGAAUGGAACCAUUAUGACAAUGCUAACUACGUCUCUUCAGCCUCGAUGCCCAGGGCAACAUCAGUUUCCUCCAAUCAUACUACCACCAUCAGCACUGAUCCAUAAUGCAUUUCUUGCUCCAUCACCAUCACCAGUGCAAUCACAACCUGGUGGUGCUCUGACGACACCAAAAUCUUCAGUGCCUGGUACUUUCACACUUCCUGGUGGAUCUCCUGCCAAUGGUCCUUCUGGGAGUAUGUCGGAGGCUCCUACCGUUAAACCCUUGAAGCACAUUCUAGUAGUUUUUAUUUUUUGUCAGGUUCACAACUUCCUUCUGUAAAUGGUGAUGCAAUUUUUUGAUCAAAUGUGUACUGAACUGUUGAGUUUCAUUCUAGCUGGAUUGACUUUCUUCCUGUUGGGCUUGUUUGUUGUAUUUGACCUUUAUUAUUAGACUUCGUUUGCAUGAGCUGAUCAGGAAAUCAUUAACAUGCU